AUGGUUUUCAUGUUAAUGCAGAACCUCUUUAGGUUUGGGCAUGGCCCCAAUCCGGUUGUCAUCCCAGCUGCCGUCACAACUGUUAUCCCUAUUGUCCCUCCUCUUGCUAUUAAUGAGGAUGCUUCUCUUAUGGGUUUUACAAAAGACACUACCACUUUGUCAAGGAAGAGGAUGAGAUUCCAGGUUUUCCUCAACUCAUCCCUUAGAGCCCUCGUCUAA